AUAGUGCAAUAAUAGCAAAAGCUGAAAAUCCAUCUCGGAUCUUAUUCAUCUCAGCCAAACAUAGCUUCAGAAUAUUGUCAAUUUCUUUUUCCUCUUCCUACCAACUGAACUGAACGUCUGAACCCCCAAGUUAUAAGCUUUAUAUUUUAUUCUCAUUCUGUGUAAACUAUAUUUCCUUUUACCUAUUUUGUGUUGGUGAAGAGUGGAGAGUGGUGCCUGCAAUUUUCUCAGAAAAUGCCACACCGUCUCUCAUCUCUUCAUUCGAGGAAGACCUCUUAUUCAUCUUCCAUGGAGGUCAGAGUUGAGAGAGCUUAAGCUUCUUGGUCCAACUUCAACAACAGGGGGCAUCAUUCAUUUUUAUAGAUCGAUAUCAUUUCAAAAGGUGAAAGCUUUCACAUCCAAACACGCCCUUUCUCUUCUCUGCCUUGUGUGUUUUUUUGUUGUUUUGGUUUUAAAGUAAAGUCAUUUGCUUUCUCACCCAAGAUUUGGUGGGUAGUUUUGAGGCUAUCAUGAGCUCCUCCUCUGCUUCUCUGCUUUGCUGAAAAAGGGUCUCUCUCUCUCUCUCUCUCUGCUGUUUCUUCACUCAUACGUUCACACCCAGAAGCUCAAAUUACAGGACUCCAACAUGCUGAAGCAAAUUCUGAGCAAGUUUCCUCGCAAGCCAAAGUCAGAGUCACUAGAUUCCACUGGGAGUGAUUCUGGCAACAAUAGUCCCAACUUGGGCAGUGGUUUCCAAUGUACAAUUGGUGGGAGUUCUCUUACAAGCAAAUUAAAUGUCGUCAAACGGGUGUCUUCAGCUGUUUUCCCAGCAAGCAUUGCUGCUGGACCAGAGGUAGUCGAGCCUCAUCUGUCUUUCAAAGAGGUUUCAAAUCCACAGAAGCAGAAUCUGUUUAUCAGUAAGUUGAAUGUCUGCUGCGAGAUUGUUGAUUCUAGUGAUCCAGGCAAGCAAGAUCUUAAGCGUGAAACAUUGAUUGAACUAGUUGAUUUUGUUUCUUCUGGAUCUGCAAAGUUUACUGAACCAGCAAUAUCUGCCAUGUGUAAAAUGUGUGCCACCAACCUGUUUAGAGUCUUCCCACCCAAGUACCGAUCUAAUUUUACUGGUGGUGAAACUGAAGAUGAAGAACCUAUGUUUGAUCCUGCUUGGUCACAUCUGCAAAUUGUGUAUGAUCUACUGGUUCGGUUUAUCAGUUACAAUUCACUUGACCUAAAGGUGGCGAAAAAGCAUAUAGAUCAUUCUUUUAUCGUACGAUUACUUGACCUCUUUGAUUCUGAGGACCCAAGAGAAAGAGACUGCUUGAAAACUAUUCUGCAUAGGAUCUAUGGAAAAUUCAUGGUGCAUAGACCUUUCAUACGAAAAGCUGUCAGCAAUAUCAUAUAUCGUUUUGUUUUUGAAACUGAAAGGCAUAAUGGCAUGUCUGAGCUGUUGGAGAUUUUUGGGAGUGUGAUUAGUGGGUUUGCUUUACCAUUGAAGGAGGAGCACAAGAUAUUUUUGUGGAGGGCUCUGAUUCCUCUACACAAACCAAAAUCAGUGGGUAUUUAUCACCAGCAAUUGACAUAUUGUGUUGUACAGUUUAUAGAGAAGGACCCGAAGUUGACGGGUACUGUAAUAAAGGGAUUGUUGAAGUACUGGCCAGUAACAAAUAGCCAGAAGGAGUUGAUGUUUCUAAGUGAGUUAGAAGAGGUUUUGGAAAUGACUAGCAUGGAUGAGUUCCAAAAGGUCAUGGUCCCUCUUUUCCGAAGAAUUAGAUGCUGUCUCAACAGUUCCCAUUACCAGGUGGCUGAGCGAGCCCACUUGCUAUGGAACAAUGAGCACAUCCUCAACCUUAUAGGGCAUAACCGCCAGGUGAUUUUGCCACUUGUCUUCCCAGCUAUUGAGCGGAACACCCAAAAUCACUGGAAUCAAGCAGUACUCAACCUGACAAUGAAUGUGAGGAAGAUGUUCUGCGAGAUGGAUGAGGAGCUGGUACUUGCCUGCCAAUGUAAGUUGGAGGAGGAACAUAUAAAGUCAAAUUCUGCAGCUGAGAAGCGAAGGUUAACCUGGGAGCGCUUGGAAACUGCUGCUGGCGUCCAACCUGUUGUAGCGUGUAACUUCUUAUCUCCCAUCAAGCCUUCUAGUUGUCCUGUUGUCUUCUAAUCUCCCUAGUAACAGGAUUGUGGUGACAGCUCUGAUUGAGUACUAGGAAUCAGCUGUGAGUUGGAUGGACAAAGUUUGGGAUAACAAAGAGUUGCAUUAGUAGUAGUGCCUG